AUGCCGCCCCAUUUCCACCCGCGCUCGCGGAUGACUUCUUCAAUAUUCGUUACGACUCUCUUCGCCAGCUUUGCCGUCGUUACAUUGCCACAUAUCCUGCCGUGUCCCGCGCCCCGGGUGGCAUACACGGAGGGGGAAGUAUGUCCGGAUGGGAAGAGGAGGCGAAGGAAGAGGUGCGCUCCUGAGGUUGCUACAGACGGCUUAGUCAAGGCGGGACAGCCGUGUGCGACAACUGUAGUUGUUGGGGGAGGUGAGGACCUCGAGGAGAUUGUGGGGACGAGGGAGAAGAGGGAAUGCCCGAUACCGAAACCAGGGGGGACUAUGGGGAUAAUACUUGCAUUUACUGGGAUAGGAAACAAUACGGAUGGGCCUGGGGGAACGCGACCAUCGUCAUAA